AGUUAACGAAACGGUGCGCUAUCUUUUGCUCUGCCAUGUGUACUACUUUAAACUAAUCAUGGUUGGUUUUUAACUCGUGGAUACGCUAACUGUAGAAACGUGUUCUUGUAAACAGUGUCAUUCGACCCCAAUGUUGCCAACCUAAGUUACCACGAAAAAUCGGCUUUUCUAAUCUGAGAAACAAGGAUAAUUCUAACAGAAUUGGUAAAUUGUUUCUGUUUGACAAAUAGAUAUCAUGUUGCCCUGCGUCUGUGCAGUAAUAGAUCACAGAUGACUUCAAAAUGUGGUAAAAACCAAAAAAGUGACACACGAGCCGCAGGCAAUUGUGUCAAUGAUGUUUUACCACAUUUUGGCGUCUUCUGUAGUGUUGACAAACAUUAAAAUUCAUUCUACAGCAGCUGGAAUUAUUCCUCGUCUAUAUCAUUUUAACAUAUCGAAAGGGACGUUUUCUUUUGUCAUCUGAUUUUGAAUGUAACUGUUGAGGUGAAAUAACAUCCUUACUGAACGGUAAAUCAAAUUAUAAUCCCUUUUGUUUGACAUUCAUUUUCAUUCAUAAUCAUGUCCAGAAAAUGGAAUAAGGAGGCAAUAGACUAUUUUACAGUUGUGAGCUUAGUAUCCUAGUCUUUGAGUGAACGUGAGGCUGAGGUUGACCUUGUUUUGAUACAAACCUCUUUCCAGUUUCCUUAUCGAAAUUAUGCUUAAAAAAUACCUGUUAGCACUUGAUUAAGAACAACACGAUUUAUAUAAUAAAGCGGGAAGGAUUGCACAAAAAAAGGGGCAACUCGAGCCUCGUUUCCACCCGCAACUGCAAAAUGGUCUAUUAAACCACGGCAUGCACAUUUUAAAAGAUGACCAAAUUUGCUUUCCUUGAUGAUUAUAUUGUUAACAACAGUAUUUCCAAAGAUGUCACAUUAUUUAACAGAAUUUGCAUCAUUCUUGGCUCGUGAUGGAAGCCGCGCACGCGAACUUGGUUGGAGUGUUGGAGUAUUUGGAUAAGUUCAUUGAACCUGGCGACUAUAUCUGUGUUGAAGAUUCGAAUCCUCUGGCUCCUGGGGCAGGGCAAGGUCUUGUGAAGAAGCGUUGUUAUAAAACGAUUGGUCCAAGCAAGAUGAAUGAACUCAGGAAUUUUUUGACUGGUCGUUCCGAUAGAUAUGUUGUUGAUCAGAAAUACACCGAUUUCGUCGGGUAAGAACCAAAAUUGUCUGCAUUGGUGGUUUUCUUUCUAAUCGCUGGAAGCUCGUGUGGUUUUGUAGAAGCAAACAGGCCUACUUAAACCCCAUUUUUCCUCCAGUAAAAUGAAAUUGUUUGACGUAAGAGUACUGCAAGCGGCGCUGUAUUUGUGUAGUGCGUGUUUAGAGAUAUUUGGGAGUUCGACCUGCUGCCUCAGGAUUAAGUCCCGUUCGUCAUUAAGCUCAGGUGCUGUCUGAAGAUUACGAAAGCAGACUUUCUUUUUUCGCAAUUUACUACAUAAAAAGACCAGCAAGCUACAGCAGUUAAAAGAGAUGCAGUGCUCUUAAGUAGAUAUGUGGGCGGGAUCCCCGUUGUCAAUGAAAGAUAUACAAAAGAGGUACCUUUUCGAUCAGAGAUGGUAUAUUUAAAAGGAUAAGGGUUUAAACCUGGGGGCAGAGCAUAACCUAAUUAACCUUUGUUGAGUGCGGGACCGUACGGUUGUGGGGGGACUCCCCUAUUUAUACUAUAUUCAACUCACUCUAAAAUGGGCAUGGUCGGGAUCAGCUUUGGUUCUCCGUCUUAGAGUGCUGUCUGGGUUAUAUAGGGGAUCAUUUCUCAAUCAGAGUAGAAUCAAAAGCUUAUUACAACCAAAUGUUAACGGCUUAGAACUGAGCUCACCAUGCAUUAUGAGUAGUGUCUCCGGUAGGCGUUUGUGGUUGAAAACGAAAAUUAUGGUUCUAAUAACAGAAGAUUGGUUGGAAACUGAAAUCAUUAUAACAGUAUUGAAUAAAACGCCAUUAAUAUAGGAGUCACAUACUUCGACUUGUAUGCUUCCUUAAAUCGUAAGUUAGGUACGGUCUUAUCAAGCACCUACAUUUCCAAUUUAACUGAGGUAUUCUUCACUACAUAAAGCACAAAUGUCCUUUGACGGUUUCCAAAGUAUCUGUUGUCCGUUUUAGAGAGGUUUCCGUCUUAUAGAGAGUUCAGUUGCAGUAAAAUGACGACAAAACGGCAGGGAUUAACACCACGCGUCCGUCUUAUAGAAGUGUCCAUUAAGAGAGAUCAAAGAGUUGACUGUAUAUAGAUUCGUGCAGCGGUGAGGUUAAUUACAUGAGUCAAUGUUGAAACCGUUGCGGACCUGAUAAACAGAUUUCAUAAUCUCUUGGAUUAGUUAACCAUUCACAAUCUAUGUCGUUGUAGUUUAUCUUUCGUCCACCUUACUUUGCAUUUUUUUUAACUCACACAGGUACAACGCCACUUGGAAUAUGAAUGGUUAUCUGAAGAGAGUUUAG